AUGGAAGGCCCGGGGCCGAGCCUCACCCGUACUUCAUCAGACUUCGGCAAUCGUCAAAUCCUUCCCAGUUCUCCUGUAGGGGUAAUUGACAAGCAGCAGGGAUUGGAAGAAGCCAUGGCACCGAAGCAGCGGAUGAGGCUGGCUAACGAAAAGGCCAGCAAGAACGUCACUAUGAGAGGAAACGUCCCGAAAACACUGAAAAGUCAGGAGGAAUCAUAUGCUGUUGGACCUUGGCUCUUGGGAUUGUUUGUGUUUGUUGUGUGUGGCUCAGGGCAGGGGCAGCAGAGUCUGCAACAUUAUGGGGCAUCCUGA